CUUAUAUUCAUUUUUGCUGCUAGUAUAAUAUGAUGAUGUUGAAACGUGUAGAAUCAGUCUUAGUUUGAAAGCAUCUUAGAUCGCGCACGCGUCUGAUCAACUACUUAUUAGUCUUGUUUCCAAAAAUUGACUUAUUUGUUAAAUUAAUUAUUUUAAUUAUUUAGUGUGUUUUUUUAAAAUUCAUAAACUUGACGUCAUUUUGUACUUCUCCAAUUUGUUGUUAUUUAUGAUAGUGAUUUGAAAUUAAUACUGUUUGUUUUCAAAAGAACUGAAGUGAUUUUUGGUAACUUGUUUUGGUGAAAAAUAUAUUUAUUAAUUAUAAUGCUGGGAGAAUAUGAAGCUCAUACUGAUUAUUAUCCGCAAUGGCAUCAACCCUAUCAUUACGUCAGUCAAAGACCUUAUGAUUCCAUGGGUUUGUCCGACGUCGACCGUCAGCCAAUUUGCUGUGGAGGAGAUUCAGGCAUAUCCGGCGGUAGUUCUGACGCCGGAAGUGCAACGGCAUCAACUCCCCCAUUGCCAAUCGAAGAAUUCAGUGGUCAAGAUUCAAUAUACGGAUCUCCAAUUCAACAUUACUCUCACUCCAUACCUCAACAACUUUAUUCUUCAAGUUUACAUUACUCUCAGCAUCAACAGUACCAAGAACCACAUCAACAUCAUCAUCACCAUAAUUCAAGCCAACAGAAACCCGAUAUCAGAAGUCACAUUGAUUUUUCCAUGUCAGUAACUCAUCACCAAAACAACAAUAUAUCUACUGCUGGAUCUUCGGAGCACCUUCAGCUUAGUCUUCACCACCACAUGAACUCAAUCACUCAUGACACCGGUUCGACAUUAAUUAUAAGGCCUAAAAGAAGAAAUACCGCUAAUAAAAAAGAAAGAAGACGGACUCAGAGUAUCAAUAAUGCCUUUGCUGAUUUGAGAGAUUGUAUUCCAAAUGUUCCGGCGGACACCAAGUUAUCUAAAAUAAAAACUCUUCGAUUAGCUGCUUCUUACAUUGGAUAUUUAAUGGCCGUUUUGGAAAGUGACAAAGAAGAUGAACCUCAAACAUUCCGAGCGGAAAUUUUAUCGAGUAACAAAAGAAAUAAAUCGCAACACCAUUCGAAUGACGCGUAUCAGAAUGUAAGUAAUUUUUAUGAAGAAACGUCAAAAUGUAAAGGAAGAACUGGAUGGCCACAGCACAUGUGGGCACAGGAGUUGAAGCAAGAAUCUCCAUCAACCACGACGUCGGCAACUCUAACAGUCAGUCAGUUACAAUAGAAUCUUUCAUCCAGAAUAGAAUAUCUAUAGAUUUUAAGAGAGUUAUGUUUAAUCCAUAGUUUUUAACAAAAAGUAUAUACAUAAAUACUCAUGUAUAUAUCAUUCAAUUUUUGGAUUAGUCUGUAAAUAAUGUAUCCUAUGGUUUAUUAUUAAUUUAAGGCCAUCAUUUAUUAUUAUUACUAUUAUUUUAAAUGUGAAAAAAAAUUUUAUUUAUG